AUAGAAAGAGAACGUGCAAUAGGACGAAAGGAGCUAAAGAAAGACAGAAAGAUAGAGAAGUUUAGAGAAAAAAGAAGUAAGAGAAGAAACAAAAAAGUCAAACGUAGCGUUCGCGUACGUUCGUAGUCGCCUAAUUCGCGGGUCCCGCUCGAUCGUGUGCGCGUGAAAGAGUUUUAACCUCCGUCGUUCGAUUAUCGUGCGUCGUCUCGGUUCGCUCUGGUGCGUGUGGGUCGGCGCGCGCGCGCCUGUGUCCGUGUGUGCGUGAAAAACACCGCACCGUCUUUCGUUACGCGUUUGUGUGUUACAUCGGUAGUAUAUAUAUAUACAAAUAUACGUGCGUCGGAAAGAGAGUAGCGCCGGGUCGCAUACAGUGUGCACGAAAGUAAGAGAGAAAGAGAUAGAGUGGGAAGGGACAACCGGAGCCGAGGAGGAGGAGAGGCGGGUGAGGAGGGGGAGGAGGUACGGAGUGUUGGAUUUGUUUUCUCGCACAACGGUGGAGCAAAACGGCCUCAAACUGUGGGGCUCUGGGGCGUUUUUUCUUCCUCCGCAAGGGAUGUACUACCCCCACAUGGUGCAGACAGGCAUGGCUGCGCCCUACGGUGGGGGUGUCUUCCCCCCGCCGGUGAACGGCGUAGCGGGUGUCGUGGGGGCGGCAGGGGCUGCCGGUGAGGUGAAACCACCGCCACCGGUGCCGGUGAAAGAGGACAACAGCGGCGCACCCCAACAGCCACCACCCAGCGGCCCCCAGGUCCCACCGCCGGCUGGUGCCCCACAUCCAACCGCCCCCGGUGCCCCGACCGCGGCCAGCUUCAGCCCGCCCCCGCCUCCAAACGGCGUCGAUCAACAGGCUAUUUCGGAGGUGUUUCAGGCAGCAGUGGCGGCCGCGGCAGCAGCGGCCGCGGGAGGCGGUGGCCAGCAACCCGCCCCCACACCCGCCGGCAACGAGAGCAACCCCGAGGGCGCCGUCGAGGGUAGCGCCCUGGUACCUGUCACUUCAGGUGCAACCACACCUGCCACCGCAACACAGGGUACAGACCUGAAAGGUCAACCGAAACGCCUUCACGUCAGCAAUAUACCUUUCCGCUUCCGAGACCCUGAUCUCAGGGCAAUGUUUGGGCAAUUCGGGCCGAUCCUCGACGUGGAAAUCAUAUUUAACGAAAGAGGAAGCAAGGGAUUCGGUUUUGUAACAUUCGCAAAUAGUGCUGACGCGGACCGGGCACGUGAGAGGCUACACGGCACCGUGGUUGAGGGCAGAAAGAUUGAGGUGAACAACGCGACAGCGAGGGUGCAGACGAAAAAACCACCGACGGUACCCAACGUAUGCGUACAAUGGCCAGAGGCCGCGGCGCUGAGAGGAGUCGCCAUCCAAAGGGGACGAGUGGGCGCUGCGAGGGCGGCUUUCCCGACUAGUGCAGCGGCAUUGGCCCUCGCGAGGAACCCGGGGCCACUCGCAGCUGCGGCUGCGGCUACGGCCCUGCAUCCCUUCGCACCUGCCGUUUAUUACGACCCGUUCCUAGCAGCACACGCGGCGACACAGGAUCCCAACUACAGGCUACAGCUGGAAUGGCCUCAAGCAACAGCUGACGCCGCGGCAGCAGCAGCUGCAGCGUCACCAUUGCUGAAGACGCCCCUCUCGACGGCGCAGCAGGCCACCUACGCAGCUGCAGCGACCUACACGGCAGUGGCUGCGCGCGCAUACAGCGCAGCUGCAGCUGCGGCACAACCGGUCGCAGGAUAUGCCGCAGUCGCGGGUUAUGGGCGUGAAUACGCUGAUCCCUAUCUUGGACAUGGUAUUGGACCAGUAGCCGGAUAUGGGGCGACCGUGUACAGGGGCGGUUACAACAGGUUCACGCCAUAUUAAAGAUGGUCAAAUAUCGAAGCGCGAGCCUUCCAAGUACACCGUCGUUGUACUCAGCUGAAUGUGACCAGAACAAACAGAAAUCGACACAAUCAUCAUCGUCAUCCGCCAUCGAUCACGAUCACCCCACGAAGCGAUGCCUGGAUCCUCCGCGCAUGCUGACGCCAGCCUUCUUCGUAGCACCGAUACGUCGACUUUGCCUCCCAUCCAUCCGGAAAAGAAGCAAAAUUUUCCCUAAAAGAAACAUCCGGCCACUGUGGACGAAGUUCCAACGAAGUCCAAAUUACCGAGUCGACUCAUCACGAACAACUAUCAUUCGCAGAAGCAAAGAAAUUGGAAGAAGGAAAUGGAUAUAUAGGUCGCGCACGGUUUCAGGAUCUUCGAGAGGAAGAGAAAAUUGGCGAAUUAUUGCGGAUGAGAGUAAUCGAGUAGAUAGACGAUUGAUAGAGAAAAAGGUUAAAAAGAUAACGAAAAACGAUAAUAGAAUGGUUUGAAUUUAGAUGUAAAGUUCUAGUUACUCCUCGAUUAGGGUUGCGAAACGGUCGACCAGACGACAAAGGUCCAUUCGCCGAAGCGUCGUCGAACUUUCGAACCCUGAUCGAUAAUCGGCGUAGAGAAGAGAGGGAUGGUAGAGACGGGGGAAAUUGGUAAACUGAAUUAGCAGACAAAGAGGAACCGGUUAAAUUGAGUUUCGCUCGAAACAUGCUAAACAUUGGAACAGGUUCGAAUCGAUCGUUUUAAAAAAAAAAAAAAAAAGGAGGGGAGGGGGAAACGGUAAACGAUAAUGCUGGAUCAGAGUUGUAAGAGUUUAUAGUACGAGAAAUUCUUUCGAAACAUUCUUGAUAAUUGUUUAGUCGAAAUUCACGUGAGGGAACCGUGUGUAAAGGCAUCGCGUCGUUAAAUUUAUCCAUUCGUAUAUACGAGUUCAGACCCGGCAGCCAUUUCGAUUUAUACGAAGUUGAACGACGACGAGAGGAGGGAACGUGUCGAAUAUUGCCGGUGUACGUGUAUAUAUAUUUGUGUAUAUACAUAUAUAUAUAUAUAUAUAUAUAUAUAAAUAUAAGUAAAUAGAUAUAGAUAAUUGAUCUCUCUAGAAAUCAAUUGUAAUUAUGCAAUUCGUUGCUCGUGCACGUUUCUAUAAUCGUUGGGGGAGACUUUUAAAACGCGUUUCCGGGCAAGGAUUUUUAUCACGAAAUGAAAAUGGGGGUAAUUUUUAAUCGCAUUACACGUUACUCAUCAUUAUUGUACGAUAAUUUCACGCGAAAUCCGAAAGUGGAAGAAGGGAAAUGUUGAACACGCAUAUACACACAAGGAAUUUUGUACAUAAUUCAUAAUUGAUUUCGUGGUUGGGGAAGCGGAAUACACGCGACACAACGAUCACAACACAGAGAGAAUUUUGAAUCAAAGAAGCAAGAGCGAUCGAUCGUUGCUUCUCUCAUAUUUUUCUUUUCUUUGUUCCGUUUUUUUCUUUUUCUUUUUUUUUCCUUUUCCUUUGUCUUUGCAUAUAUAGAGGAAUCAUUUUUUUUUUUUUUUUUUUUUUUUUAAUCAAGUAUCGGAAUCGAGCGAAGGAUUCUCGCGGGAUCUUUUCUAAUUACGAAAAAUCGGGAAACACACCGAUUGUCGGACGCGACGAUAAGACGAAGAAGAAAGGAGGAAUUUCGCGCUAAUGGCUGCCGGAAAGGAACUCUUCGCUUCGUGUCGGCGAGGUGAACGCGACUUCCGGUGACAAACGCCAGUCGACACUGCUCGGUGAUCAGCGAGGAUACGCGAGACCCUUCUUAGGUAGCUAGCCGAGGGAAAAAUUAAGGAGGAGAGAGAGAGAGAGAGAGAGAGAGAGAAACGACGAGAGCGACGAAGCAGUUAGUUACGCGUGACCGGUAGGGUUUCUAUGCCAAAUAUAAUGUGUGUGUGUCUAUGUUGCGCUUGUGGGCGCGCGUGUGUGUGCGUAGAUUCGCGGCUAUAGAGACGUAGAAUAGUUAAUAUUCGAUGGAAGGGAGAGAGAACCCUUUGGACGAACUCUGAGAAAGCAAGAUUCUGGGAAACAGGAUCUAGUCAAAUCAGUCUCUACCGGUUCCUAAUCGAGAUUACGUCAAUGUAACGCAGCUUUUUUUUUUUUUUUUCUGAAUACUCAAGGCUUCGUCGAUGCUCCGAUGGGAAAGAUGGAACGUGGCAGCAAUUUUUUUUUUUUUUUUUUUUUUUUUUUUUUAGAUGUGGAUAUUCUUUUGUUCUGUCUUUUUUAUUAUUAUUAUUAUUAUUACUACUAUUAUCUUUUUUUAAGGAAUGGUCAGUUUUUCGAGGAUAACGGAGCUUGUCGAUCGAGGUUUCUACGCUCUCUUAUUUUCUAGCUACUUUUUUGGUGGAGGAAUUGGAAUAGAAGUUAAUUUUUUCUUUGUAAGUUAUCUAGUUAUAUAAUUAUAAAUAUCGAUUUCGAAUAAUUUUCUACGUGUUUCGUCAUUAUAAUCUGGAAUUAUCAUUCUACUCGCGAAAUUCUUUUAUGGAACAUCGAUUGAUAGAGAGGGAGCGAUUCCAAUUCCUCAAAGUGUCGUCUGCACGCGAUAUAUUCGUAUUCUCGUGCGAUAAAUAUGUGCGAUAAGAUGUUCGAUCAAAUUCGUGCAAAAAAAAAAAAAAAAAAUUGUAACGAAGCUCGAAACGAGUGAUCGAGAACGUUGAAAUUAAUAGACUGAUCCUUUGAAACAAUCUUUAGAAGAGCCUCCCGCAGGAUACUCUGAACUUGUGAUAUUUCAAAUAUUGUUUGUCACCUAAUAAUUAACACCUAUCCACCGAAGAUAUAUAUUUUACUCUCGUAUAAACUCACUUACACAUGUACAUUAUAUUUUCAUUAUAUUUGUGUUCAAGUUCCUCGAGUUUCCACCGCGUUCUCGAUCACGUGGAUCUGAUCUAAUAUAUAAUUCGCUGUCUAAUCCGCUUCUCGAUCGAUCGAAAAGAAAUUAGCUAUAUUUGUUUUGUUCUUUUUUUUCUUUGAACAUAAUCAUGGAAACAAAUGGGAGAAAGUGGAAGAAAUAGUAACGAGAGAAAAAGUGAGAGAGAGAGAAAGAGAGGGAGAGAGGGAGAGAGAGAAAGAGAGAGACUCACACACAAACACAGACACACAUAAACUCAAAAUACUCUAAGGCAGAGUAUUUUGUAAAAAAAAAAAAAAGGAAAAAAAAAUGAAACGCGAAAGGGAAAUGGUACGCACAUUGAGCCGAGUGAGUGAUAAUCCCUGUUAAAACAAAAAAAAGUUCUAGUUAAGUGGAGAUUUAUCGUAAUAAAUAUAUACAUAAAUAAAUAUAUAUAUAUAUAUAAAUAUAAAUAAAUAUAUAUAGGUAAGUCGUGUUGCGUGACUCAACGUGGAGUGCAAGUGAAGAGGAAUGCGAGUGGCCACGAGUGAAUGAACUUGAGAGUGAAAGGAAGAAAUGGAAAGAAACGCAGGUGAGAAAAGGAAACGAGACAUAAAACGCGAGAAACAAACGAGUUAAAAAGUGAAAGACACACGCGAUGGUUAUACGAAAAGGGAAAAAAAAAAAAAAAAAUAGAAUACAACACAAAGAAUCGUGUGAAAUAGCCAAAUAUGACAAAUAUGUUCUUUUCUUUUUUCUCUCUUUUUUUUUUUUUUUUUAUUCUAUUUCUUCUAAUCUUCUUUUAUUUUUUAUUAUUUUUUUUUUCUACGUAGAUAGCGCGACAGGAAUUAGUUACUGUCGCUGGAUUACGUUUUAAAAAUCUAAAUCUAUCGUUAGCAUAGGUCACUAGGCUAGGGAAAAAAAAGAGGCAAACCGGCCGUAGAAUUAGUUUUCUAUGGUUCACCAACCGGAACCAUAAUGGCCGCUAUGCGACAAAAUCGUAUAUUCUGAUUUUUCAAUUUUGCGUGUGCGAGCGCCAGUACAUGUAAAUAAUAACAUUAUUAACUAUAUAUACGAUUAGGGAUCGACUUCGUAAUCGAUUUCGUCGAGCACAAAAAAAGGAUUGGAAACGGGAUACCGUUCCCGUUUUUUUUUUUUUUUUUUUUAAUAACUUAAGGAGCUAAACCGAACAACUCAGAACAUACUCAUUGAUUCUUGUAACGUUACAAAUUAUAAACGAGCGUAGAUUUUAAAGGAGAAGCUAUACAAAUAAUGGGAUAAUGAAAAACAGUGGGGGGGAUAAUAGAAGGACGACGAGGAGGGGGAAAAACACAAGAUAUGCUAGUGAUAUAGAAAUGAAAAUAUUCGCAAAAUAAUUCCCCGAGAAGAGCAAGAGAGAAAGAGAGAAAGAGAGAGAGAGAGAGAAUGAAAAAUAGAGCGAAAGGAAAAGAAUUCUCGCGCGAGAUACGUUCCUCAAACGUGACGAGAAGAGAAUUCCAUUUUUCUUUUUUUUCUCUUCGAACCUUGUCUGUUGCGCGACAAUCGUUCCUCUUCGAAUGAGUACAUUUUUCACACACACAUACACACACACACACAUAUUUUCACAAAAGAGAACUCCCUGAGAGAACCUGAUAUUUAUGCGUGCUCGAAAAUGAUAUACGAUUCGAUAACGUAACGAUAUUGGAAAGGAUACCCUCUGAUUAGUGAUUCGUUUGCAGAGGAACGUCGCGUUUUAGAUUAGGGGGAACCAGGAAGCGAGAAAGCGGAUCUAUCCCUGUAUAUUGUACACUGUAAUUACAAUUUAUACUUACUCGUAAUCGAUUACCUUUAUCGGUAGGCUAUUACAACUAGUGGCUAGCGUAAGUCAAGCUCAAAAAUAGGCGAGACUCAUCGUCUCCGCGUCUUAUUCUUCGUCACGAGUGCACAACUCCUCUUCCCUCCCCUCCCCCCCCCCAUAUUUCCUCCUCUUGUUCCGGACUUUUAUCGAAGCGUGUUCUCCGAUUGCGUACGCAGGCCUAUCGUAUAUAUAUAUAUAUAUAUAUAUAUGUGUGUAUGUAUAUAUAUAUUAUCGAUGGAUACGCAAUAAUCGUCGCCAUCGAGAUGUUAUCUUUCAUUUAUUUCCCUCUUCAUUUUAUUCGAUUAUUCUUUUUUUUUUUUUGUUUGUUUUAUGCUCGAGGAAAAUUUCGUCGACGAUCAUGGAUAAAAAAAAGAAAUACUCUUGCAAAUAUUCGUAACGCGUACGAGAUUGAUCGAUGAAUCGUGUAAUUGUAUGAGAGAUUGAUGAAUAUUCGAUCGCAAAUUUGAUAAUUUUAGUUUUAAUUAAGUUAAUUUAUUCGCGACUCGCAAGGUCUGUUUGCGAUAUUUCUUGAUACGUGAACGUAUGGAUGUUACGUAUAUAGGGAUGUAUUGUAACGCGGAGAAGCGAAUUCGAAAUAUUCGUUGAUAUAUUUUAAGAAGAAUAUAUUACGCACGAAAAACAUAAAUCAUAAUUUAAAUUCGGAUACGAGUUUCUUAAGGAAAUUCGAAAAAUUAUAAUGAUGUAAAUAGUUACAUUAUCGGAUCUUUAAAGAAAGCUCGCUUUUAUCGCUUCCGUUCAUCGAGAUCGGAUCUUUUGGAUCUUGUUUACGUGUCACGAAAUAUCUUGUAUAUUUAUCCGAAGAUAAAGGGGGAUAUAAGUAGAUCCAAGAAUAAUAAAUGAAUUCCUGUACAAAAGAAAAUAAGAAAAUUAGAGGUAGCCAGGAAUAGAUUAGAAAUAGUAUCUGUUUUCCAAAGUUUCUCUUAGAAGAAUUUAGAAUUCGUCUCGAAGAUAGAAACACGGAUACUAAUCUUCUUCAUACUUCUUCUAAAGAAAUACUAAUUUAUAUACAUAUAUUAUAUAUAUAUAUAUAUAUAUUCGUAAAAAAAAAAAAAAAAGAAAGGAAGUGCUUCGCGACUUUAAUAGAAUCCUCUCUCCUUGCGAAUUGUACAAAAAGAAUAAUCUAAUAUAAUUAAAUAAUCGCAUGAAACACUCACGAUUCGAUCGUCGAUCACUUUCUUACGUGUAACAAAAAAGAAAAGAAAAAAAAAUAGAAAAAAAAAUUAAUAACUAAAAUUAAUAACUAAAAGCGAAGCGAGUGAUGGAACGAAGAAAAAUUCCAUCUCGUUCGACGAAUUCGUCUCCCUUUUUUUUUUCCCGCUUGUUGUCAUUGAUCAUUUAUCAUGUAUUAUUAUCUUUUUCUUUCUUCAACCGCGUACGUUCUCGAGUGCUACUGCGGACAGUAAACUGGAAUCGCAUUGUAAAAUAAAUCCAAUACGAUCGAUACGCACCGAUUAUACAUAAAUAUAAAUAAUAUUGAUUCUACUAUUAAUUAAUUAAUUAAUUAAUUAAAGGCAGUAAAACCGUAAACGGGAUUUUUAAAGAAGUGAAUCUAGAUGACUAACAUGACUUACGUAAACGACACAUCUUUACGAGCAACAUAUCCUAGCGUAACUAGGCGGCGUAACGUGGCCCCGUUCCGCUCCUAAUCCUCCGCCCGUCGGAAUCUCAAAAUUCGCGCGCGUGGCGAACGCACAUUUUCCUCCGCUCUCUUUUACUACUGGGAUAAUUCUCUCUCGAAGAGAAUUGGACAUUCUCUCGGUUCGUCUUAAUUAAUUUGAACGAGACAAUUGGGCGCACUAUAUAUACACAUACAAUCCACGCGGCAAUCAACCGAGGAGGAUUUCGAGCGCGACACGCGGCCAUCUUCUUUUUUUCGAAUUAUCGCGAGGCAAAUAGAGAGAGAGAGAGAGAGAGAGAGAGAAAGAGUGUGUGAGAGAGAGCGAGAGAGAGAGAGAGAGAGAGAGAGAGAGAGAUGGACAAACGAGGAAAAGAAGAGAAAAGGGGAGAAAAAUUAACAAAUAAGGGAUGUUCCAUGACAUUAGGGCGUUAUUAACGAUAAUAAGUCUAUAAUUUAGAGAGUGCGUGGGUGAUAUUAUGAAGAGAGCCGUGUGUUGAAUGAGCGUGAUGAUGAUUUUGGCCCUCGUCGAAUCGGCGCGAUUAGAAAUAAGUUCUUGGAUUCAUUGGACAUAAGGGGAAUUAUUAUCAGCGAUUGAUCAGGGGGAAAGAAAAGAGAAAAGUUGGUGGGGGAACGGUGGUGAGAAAUUGGCACGCGCGAUUCGAUGGUCGAAAUACAAAAAUGGAGGGUGAUUAGUAAUAACGUUUCGAUAAACGAGGAAAAAGAAGGAGCAGAAAAUGUGAAGAAUGAUAUAAAUAUAUAUAAAAAAAAAAAAAAGAAAAUUAAUUACGAGAUAGAGAACAUCGUAAAAAAAAAAAAAAAAGCUAAAUGCCACCUGUUUUUCGCUUCUCUCGCAGUGUAAACGGAUUCGCAACGGGGGACGAGUGCGAACAGCCAUCGGUUUCUGGUUGCGAAUCCAACGUCUGAGGAAAAGAAUUAAAAAUGAAAAAAAAAAAAAAAAGAAAUAAUAUGCUAAUGUAGGCGUAAGAGACAUUUGCGCCGAGAAAAACGCAGGAAAGUUGAGAAUUACAUAUACUCACACAUCCGCGCAAAAACACAUUUACACGCGAUGGAAAUUCGAGAAGUAUAUCGAUGAAUCCGCAGGAAAAGAAAGCAAAAAAGUAAAAAAAAAAUAAAUAAAUAAAUAAAAUAAUGAAUAAAUAAGAAUUAAAUAUAAAAACGUCAGGUUAAA